ACUAAUCUCGACGUCAGCUCCUUUGCCAGCGGCGGUUGCACGUGGUAGCCAACAUCACCUACGACAGUCGACGCAUCGCACCGGCAUCGACGACAUCCACCCUAAUUCCGACCGUCCUCCCCGAACGACAAACGAGUUUCUUUUUGUCGAAACUCGCAGAGAACAACAACCGCCGCCAUGGCUCAAGGCUACUCCAUCUGGAUCGGCCUCGCCGUCAUCGUCGCGCUGUGCGUCGCGUCGUGGUUCCUUUCGCCAAAGGGCGAGAAUCAAGUCCUCUGGCGAUCCUCCCUCAUGCUCGCCAUCAUCAGCUGCUACCUCAUGUGGCUCAUCACCUUCCUUGCUCAGCUACACCCACUCAUUGCGCCACGCCGAAGCGAUCUCCGGGAGGCAUACCUCGAAUAGACGAUUUGCGAACGGAAGCGGCACAGGAGGGUGGAAAAGAGGAUCUAAGAACAUGCGAUACGGGUCAGGGGAUGGCAAUGCCCCCGAUAACCUGUACGAAUACAUUCACGCUGCAAUUUCUGCAUGCGUAUUUGAUCGGCGUUUCUGGAGCGGCUGCUAUAUCAU